AGGUUUAGGCUGAAUAUUAGAAAAAGGUUCUUCACCCCUGGGUUGGUUGGACAGGGGAACAGGGAAGUUCCCCGCUCCCCAGCGAAGUGGUCACAGCGUGACAGAGUUCAAGAAACGUUUGGACAAUGCUCUCAGGCACACAGUGUGACUCUUGGGGAUGUCCAGUAGCUGGACCCGAUGAUCCUUGUGAGCUCGUUCCAACCUGGCACAUUUUGUGCGUCGGUGCACCGGCCUCUGCAGGAGCUCCCUCCGCUGCGCCGCUGCGGGCAGGGCCGUGCCCUCCCGCUGACCGCCGCUGCGGUCACUGCGCGCCCGGCCCCGCCCCGCAACGCCGCUGACGCGACCCGGCCGUGACGCCCCAUAAAUAACGGGGCGAGGCCGGCGCUCCCCACUCCGCGGCGGCGCCCGUGCCCGCGACCCUGCCCGUGCUGCAGUCGGCGGCGGCUCCGGCUCCUCCUCCCGGCCUGUGUAAAAUUCAAGACCUGAAAAAAUGGCAUUGGCAGCAAUUGAUCCACAGCAGAAUGUUGUAUCGAGGGUUGCCAACCUUCCUUUGGUGAGCUCCACCUAUGAUAUGGUGUCCACAGCUUACAUCACCACAAAAGAUAACCAUCCUUAUCUGAAGUCAGUAUGUGAGAUAGCAGAGAAAGGAGUGAAGACGAUCACAUCAGUAGCCGUGACAAGUGCUAUGCCUAUCAUUCAGAAACUGGAACCACAAAUUGUAGUUGCCAACAACUAUGCUUGUAUAGGUCUAGACAAAAUUGAAGAGAGACUGCCUAUACUGAAUCAACCCACCGACAAGGUUGUUGCCAAUGCCAAGGAUGUGGUUGUUGGAGCCAGAGAAGCUGUAACAACCACUGUGACUGGUGCCAAGGAAACUGUUGCUCACACGAUCACUGGAGUUGUGGGCAAGACUAAAGAAGCAGUGCAAGACAGUGUAGAAAUGACCAAAUCAGUUGUCAGUGGCAGCAUUAACACUGUCCUGGGAAGUCGUGUGGUGCAAAUGGUGAGCAGCACUGUGGACAGUGCUCUCACAAAAUCAGAGACCCUUGUAGACCAGUAUCUUCCACUUACAGAAGCAGAACUAGAGAAAGAAGCUGCAAACAUUGAAGGCUUUGAAGUUGGAGUCCAAAAGCCAAGUUACUAUGUUAGACUAGGAUCCCUGUCUUCAAAGGUCCGCACACGUGCCUACCAGCAAGCCUUAAACAAAGUUAGAGAUGCUAAACAGAAAAGCCAGGAGACAAUCUCUCAGCUCCACUACACUGUUAGUCUGCACAUUGAGUCAAGAACUCUAGCUAUUGCACGGAGCCUCACUCAGCAGCUUCAGACCACCUGCCUCACACUGGUCUCAAGCCUACAAGGGCUGCCACAGAAUGUACAGGAUCAGGUUUACAGUGUUGGGUCAAUGGCAGGUGAUGUCUACCAGAGCUUUCGGUCAGCAUCCUCCUUCCAAGAAUUAUCAGACAGCUUUAUUGCAGCUAGCAAAGGACAGCUGAAGAAAAUGAAGGAGUCUCUGGAUGAUGUGAUGGAUUAUCUUGUUAACAACACACCACUCAACUGGCUGGUAGGUCCCUUUUACCCAGAACUGCCUGGCAUUCAGCAUGCUGAAAGCGAAGGUGAAGGGGAGGAAAGUUCCAGCCAGAAAGACAAACAGCCUGAACACACUACUGAGUAAACUGCAUAGCAUGCAUGUAAUCUGCUGACUGACCAAAUGAGUGGCCUUACUAAGUGUAGCUGUCAAAAAAAUCAGUUUUCACUGUUUUUUGGUGAACAUUCCAUAAAUACAGGAAUAGAGGAAUCUACAGGCCAGGACACCUACACAUGGGCUGUAUUGUCUGGUGUAGUUAAGCCACUUUUGAAUACUGAACUAGACUCAAGUGCCUAAGUGUUGCCAGCUGACAGUUGUCAGGAUGCCCUAUUUGUCUGUCAAGCACAUCAUUGUGCUUCAGUGAUAUUAAUGCCAUUAGUCUAAACAAAACCCACCAUAGCCGAAAGCCUUUGAUUUGUUGCUUAAUCUCUACCAGAACGAUGUAAAGGCCUUACAUACUGUGACGUGCAUCUAAAAGCUCUACAGUCUAGCUAUGUACACUUAAAUGCUAUGUUUGCUGCAGAUCGCACAUUUGAUAAUUAUGCAUCUGACUAUCUCAGAUUGUAUUGCUGCAUAAUUCAUGACAAAAGUUCUGUGAAAGAAUGCCAAACUGAAAGUGGGGUUUCUGAAUGAGUCAGCUGGAGUUAAAUGCUGUAACAGUGUUAAUAUUAACUGUAUAAACUUAAGUAUUGAAUAACAUAGUAACUUGACCACAGAAUCACAGAAUAUUUCCAGUUGGAAUGGACCCAUAAACAUCAUCAAAUUCGACUCCUGCUCUUUGCAGGACUACCUAAAAACUAAACUAGAGGACUAAGAGCAUCAUCUAGAUGCUCCAUGAACACUGUUCCAGUGACUGCCCAAAUAAUUAUAAAUACAUUUUUAAUAUGCAGUAUAAAGGCAAGAUUCAUGCUGUUUGUACCCAGGUGCCUGCUGUUGUGUGUGUGUGUUUUUGUAGCCAUCGUUUUGUAACUGAUUUUUGUAUGUUAGUAAUAAAUGCUUUAGUAGCCAAAGCCUGUUGUUUUUAAUCCUUUGUUUUAAAACAAUCUAACUUGCUCUUCUGUGACUCCCUCAAACUGGGUCCAGCAGAAGGCAAGUUUGACAUGCAAAUGAAGUAGAUGUACAUUGAAAGUGUUUGUGUAUGUACUGAUAGAUAAGAUACUGCUGCAGCAUUUCCUUCCUUUGGAAUUUCUGUAUAUCUGUCCAUUGAGUCUUAGUUUUACUGCUGCUUUUGCUGAUCCUUGCUGUUGUCACCUUUAAAGAUGAUCUAAGCUUGAGCUGCUGGAUGUUCUAAAUUGAAUUGUUCUAAACUGUUCUAAAUUUUCUAUUGAAAAGAGAUGGAUAUGGACAAAAGAACCCUCUCCUCCCUGACAUGGCCAUUUACCUGCUUUGUUUUCUGACCUCCUAUGAACAGUGUUUACUUUUCAGGUGCAUCACCGGUUUUAACUUAACUUUAUUAAUCCUUUUCAACAAGUGAUGAAUGUAUGUUAACACUCAACUACUUCAGUGGAAUUGUUCACAGUAAGUCCUGUGAACCCCUCCACUGGAAAAGAAGUAGUUACCAAGAAAUAAGCUUUCUUGGGUUAGGGCUGUCCAGGUAAUUUGUACCUUUUUUCCUGAUCCAUGCCCUAAACAACUUUGGGUUGCAAUCAUCUAGUGUAGCAAUGAUAGCUACCAUUUUCAAAGAAGUCACCAAAUAGUGUAAGGCAAAAAUGCAGUUCAAAGACAGCUUAGCACGUAGUCACACACUGCUACAUGGAACAAAUACCUCCACGUGGCAUGAUGUAGGCACUAAAGCAAGUUACAGGUUGUCCAGCUGUCUAAUGUGAGAGGGUUGUUAGAUUGGGGUUGGCCUAGAAGUGUGAGGAAGACUGUUUUAAGCACAGUAUUAAAUGAAACUGUAGCAAAACAGGAUUGCAGGUAAAGAUUCUGUAACUUACAGCUUUUAAUACUCACUUUAUAUAAGGAGGGGUGUUUAAAAUGAAAUUAACAUGAGAUGGUGAGACUCCUGUGAGAACUGAGCUGGCUGGGGUGGAUAAUAUCUUAGCCCAGGUAGCUUAUGCAGAAACCAUAAACCUGAGACCAUGGAAGGCAGGAUACUCAAAGGAUGGAAAUUAGGAUGCUAAUGGCAUCAUUCCAAAGUAUGUCACGUCUCUGGUUCUUGUUCUCUGUUGGUUUGGGACCUUUGACAUAUGAUGUCAUGUCCCUGUCCCGCGUUCGGGAUUGGAGCCCUGCUCUCAGGUAACCUUAUAUUACCUGGUAACCAGGCUGCAAACGGACCAAGGUAUGGUUAAAUGCUUACCUAAUGGCUGGGCUCCUGUGUCAUGCUGUUGUGAUGGGUGCUUGUUUUGUUGGAUGCUGCCCACCCCCCCAAAUGUUUUGAAGUUUCUGUCCACACACACACAAGCCCCCAUCUCCCAUCAGAAUUAGGAACUCUUCACUAGUGGAAGAGGCAGCUGAAUAACAGCAAAUUGGUAUGUUCCUGGUUUUUUCAUAUAGAGUGAAGUUCUCUGAUUAUUAGACUCUGCUAAUAAGGAGAGCAUUGAAUGUUGAAACUGAUUUGCAACUGUACUUGCAUAGUUAUCUUACUGCAGGUAAUCUAGCAUAGCAUACACCACACUCCAGUCUAAUUGCAGCUCUACAGAUGGAACUUGGGAUUUUCCUCUGGUGUAGCCAGAGAGAAUGACUAUUAGUAAGUCUGCUAAAGGCCAGAAUGAUGCCUUCCAAAGUCUUACUUGUAUUUUUGGCCACUGUUGUUUUUGACUGAAGCUGAGGUGGUUCCUCACAAAUAAAGAAGGGAAACCUGAGAUACUGCCAUCUUACCAGUUUUUCUCUAACUGCCUGUAUUAAACAGCUCAGUUGCAUGGCACAGAAGCUUGCAUCCUCUUAGUCCAAAAUUAUGUUUGAGGAUAUAGUUUAGGCUAGAAAACUGUGAGGUUUCUCUGGAACCUUUUAAAAAAGUUAAUACCAGAUGUGUUGAAAAUGGUAAGAAGUAGGUUUAACUGUUUUCAGCAAGGCAGGUAAACUAGACCAAAUGGAAGAAUGUCAAAGUCACACAAAACUUAGGGUGGUAAAGGUAAGAAUACUAACAUCAUUAUCACUUGUAAGGUUAUUCAGGGUUUAUUUAGAAUUCAGAAAAUCACUUCCUAUUUUAGAGAUCACUCAAAAAUUGUUCAUGCUAGUUGACACUUCCUCUUCCCAGGUGCAUUUAACAGAGAACUAUUAUUCUAUCAUUGCUGAUAAUAGUUUUUUAGAAAAGCUAUAAAUAUAAGCAUUUGUAAAUAGCUCCAUAUGGUAUGUGAGUUUUGCAAACCUUUAUAGCAUUGGUCAAAGCCAAGUUACAAGAUUUAUAUAAGGCCUGGAGUUGCAGCUAGUUUGCCUCAAUGUAAAAAAAGGUGUAAAACUUUGGAAAUGUCUCCUAUUCCUCAAGAUUAAUAUUUUUGCAAUAAUCUUUUCCAGAAUUCAACUUAGGGUAAUAUUUUAUAGCUAGUAAAACAGGUGAAAGGAUUUGGGAAGAACUGAUUAAUUAUUUCUCAUUAUUUAAAAAAAGCAGUAACUACCACCAAAACUUUAAACCCUCUAAUUAAAAAGAUGAAAUGGAACCAAACUUAUUUUAAGCAUGCUGGGUUAGUAAUUUGCAUUAUCAGAGAGUCUUACAUGCAGCAACCUGCUGGAGAUAUUUUGCACAGUGUUUUGUUAAAUAAAUUUAUUCUUAUUUAUUGCCAAUUCAUGGUAAUUUUAUUUCUUUUGGAUAAUAUAGUCUGUGAUGACUAAAAAGAAGUGCUUGCUUUGAAAGUUCACAAAGUGAGAAUGCUGUGUCAAAAUGCUAGUGGCUUAGUUCUAAAAACUUAGGAAGAAAAAAAUGGAUUGAAGUUAGUAUUGACAUUAACGCUUAUAUAUGAAGACGGCAAAAUGACAAAGUAUUUUUUUGCACUGUUCUGUGUAGGGAUUUUGCUAGUAUUAUAUCUUUGUAAAUUAUUUACUGAAUCAUACAGAGAAACUGUAUGAAGAAGAGUUAUAUCUGGUCUUACUCAUUUAUUGCAAGAAUUUAUAGGAAGUUGAAAGCAGGUAGUCAACUGUGAAAAGUGGUGUGGAAGCAAAGGUCUUCUACAUAAGCAAUCCCGUAACACCAAGGGUUUUGCAUAGUUUCUGGUGCAGAUGUCAGAAUAUGUGAUUCUAAUACAAUUUAGCAAGGUCAAAGCUGAGAUGAGUCAUACUGAUAUCCAGUCUGUUUUACUCAUACUGAGAUACACUGCAAUUUGAAGUUCUCUCAUGGCUAUCAAAAUCUAACUAUUACAUUAAAGGAGUCAGAUUCUUCUACUGCAUGCAUUAAAGAGAUGAAGAAAGCAGAGACUUAAAUGUGAGCAACUACUCUGUCACUAAGAACAAAACGGAUAUAAGUAAUAAAGAGCUCUUAAAUGUAUGAUAGAGAAAAUUCUUUCUGGUCAGACACACUUACUGAACAUGGCUGUGUCCUGGUCAGUUUAAAUAUAUAGAACCAUCCAUUUGAGUACAUUCUUAAAAACUGCAUAUGGACUACUUAGGCUUGUUAGGAUGCCUGUAUUUGUACCGCAGUAUGAAAUAAAAGGUCAUGUGCUGCUAGUGGGGAAGCUUUCUUUAAGUGCAGUAAUGAGAGGUUUAGGAAAACUGCCAAAAGCAGAAAGAUGCAAGAUAAUUCUUGCUGGUAGAAAGAUGCGGUUCUUGCAUUCCUAGUGCCUUUUGAUCUUUUGGGAAACAAAAAUUACUGAUCUUAUAUUGAUGAAGUUUAAGUUCUCAAAGUUGUCCAUGCAUUUAAUGGUAUUCACAGUAGUGCCUGGUUAGGCACUGGUUAGUUACAUGCUGCUUAAGUUAUUCUAAAGAUCAGUUUUAAUAAAUAAUUAGUAUUUCAAAGAUCCCUGGUGUCCAGUGACUACUAACUCUGUAAGACCUGUAAAUUAACAUGCAGUGCUUCUCUGUUAUGUACAACCUGGUAGCGGAAGCAGUAGUCCCUUUAUUUGAUAUACUGUCUGUCUUUCUGACCUGUCUUCAUAGCAGGCAAAGCAUAGGUUUUUCUUGCUUACUGUCUUUCAUAAAAGUAAGUCAUAAGGUGUUUUGCAGUUAGGGAGUGCAGUAAAAAUGCCUCUUCAGUCAGUGCUGAGCUUAAUUUACAGAAAUGCCUACAAGCUGCUGUUGCUUUGAAUGUGCCGAACCAAAGUCCUGUCAAAAUGCAGCAGUAGUUACUUGCUGAUACUGUGUCUGGCUCCGAUUAUGUCACAUCAUCAACAUUAAAACUAACCAUAUAUCAUAUUACAGAUGUGUUUUUCACUUGGGGCAAAAAACUUACAAGUACAUUGCUUAAUUUUAUCCCAUUUUUCAGAAGUGCCUAAGUAACCUAAGUCCUAGAAAGGGGACUUAAGGGUUGGGACUUAAGCUCGUAAGUGUCUUAGCCAACAUUUUUAGAAGUCUGUAACAUCCAUGUAUCCACUGAUGCCUCUCUGGCAAUUCCUAAAACCCUGUGCUGCUUAGCAGUAUAGAGUACUACACAAGCAGUUAAAACAGAGGCCAAAGUGAGAUUGCAGUUCUGGGUAUUUGUUUUGUCAGAAGGGGUCUGAUGCAGUAGGCAGGCAGAACAGCACAGCAACCCAUAUCAAUCUCCUCAGGGCAGAUUACUUUGUAUAGUCCAUUGCUUCUAUGAAAAGAAGAAAGGCAAAAUUAGUUAAAAAACCUCCUUUCUUAAUUGUCCUGUCACCAGUUUAACUAAAUGCAGUCCACUACAUUCAGGUCUUUUCCACCUCUGCUAUAAAAUCCUACCUUCUAAGCAACUGAUUUCCAUCUUGUGUAGUAUUUGAGCUGUCUUAAUGGUUCGUGUGUCCUUUGUGUCUGAGCAUAUUUCACUCUGUAAUCAGGAUGUUAGGUCUGAUUUCUAGAGGUGCUGAGCAUCUUUGUGUCCUCUCUUCAGUGAAGGAGUACUGCACAAAUUUGUUUAGUUUUACUUUUAAACUGACUGAAGUUUCAUUC